CCGUCUUAGUCGUUGUCGUCGCGUUCGUCGUCGUCGUCGAUACAACAGCAGUUCGCUUUUCUUUUACAUCAAUCAAUUGCAAAUUCAGCUUGAACGCUCGAGGUUAUCAAUCGGAUUGGCAAUCAGUCUUUUCUAGAAAUUAAUAUUUACAAAUUUGUUUCGCUUAUUUUGUUGUUGUUUUUGUGUAAAGCUAUCGUUGCAUUUCUUUGAUGAUUUUAUUGGAAGAGCGUAAAUUAAAGGAAUUAAAACAAAAAUAAAAGGCAACUGUUAUCUGUUCAAAUUAAUGUUUUUGAUAAGAUUAAAAAAUAAAAAAUAUACCACUUUCGAUGUUUUUGUUUAUAAUUUUUGUUUCAACAAAUGAAUGAAUAAAAUUAUUAACAGCCAGAGUCGAGUCGAGCGAGUGAUAACGUCGUGUGUGCUUAUUUCCUUUUUUCUGCGGCAAUCGUUAAGGAAGCAAAGUAUUGUUCGAAAAAAUUUACUGAAAAAGACUAAAAAUAUUAAGUUGACGAAAAAUUUGGACUAUUUUCUUGGAAGCCUAAUUGUUAAUCAAAUUUAACUGUUGCUAUGAUCCUCUGAGAUCUUGUAUAUAAAUAACCAAAGAACAAAAUGCAGAACUUAAAGAUGUUAGAAAUAAAUUUUGACGAUGAAAAUUGCAGUCAUGAAAAUGGUAAAAUUAAUCCUAAAGAAGAUAUAUUGGCUGAGCUUUUGACACAAACAUCUGUGGAAGAGGAUCAACGUGAAAAAGAUGAAAUCGAUAUAAAUUUCAAAAGAAAAAAAAUCACUCGGAAUUUGUGUUUUAACAUAUGUACCUACCUCCAGAUCAUUUUCGGAACUCUCUUCACAUUGAUAGCUCUGCUGCUCUUUAAAUGGUCACUCUUCGACAUUUUAACCACUACUCGACUACUUAUGACCCCACAUCUUCCGCCUUACGAAUUAUGGGCCCAUCCCGAACCAAUCGUCUAUUGCAGGGUCUAUGUGUUUACAGCUCUCAAUGGUGACGCUUUCCUCAAUGGAACUGAUAAGAAGUUAAAAAUGAAGGAACUUGGACCGAUAUUGUUUCGGGAGCACCUCGAACACAAUGAUAUUGUUCAUCAUGAAAACUCUACCCUAUCCUAUACCGCUCGACGGUAUUUGGAAUUCUUACCAGAGAAGAAUGAACCUGGUAUUUUGGAUCAAUACAUCGUGGUGCCAAACAUUAUUUUACUUGGAAUGGUCGAAAAGUUGGCUGAUUCAAUGUUCACCACGAAGAUUCCAUUCAAUAUGAUAAGUCGAUCUGACAAGUUGUUUGUCAAUAUGACAAUUAAUAAUUAUUUUUGGAAUUUCACCACACCUGCCUUACAACUGGUAGAUAAAUAUCUGCCUUUCCUGGUUCCAGUUGACAAUGGUGGAACUUUGCAUAUGGUUUACAAAGACUUUACGGAUCGUGUCAAUGUGAGAAUCGGACCGAAAUACAACGCUCAGGAGUUUUUCUCCAUAAACACAUUCGGCUAUCGUCCAACUGUUUAUGAUUAUCGUCCAGGUCGAGGUGAUUGUUAUGCCGAUCUGAUGAACUCAACAGAAGGUGCCAUAUAUCCCAAUCAAGUGUCAAAGGAUGUGAUCUUGUGGUAUUGGCGAAAGUCAGUGUGUCGUCCGAUUCCACUUCAUUAUCAAAAUGAGGUUCAAGUCGGACACCUUAAGGGCUACAAGUACGUCACACAUGUGGACUGGUAUGAUCGUGAGAAAAAUCUUACCACCGAUUGUUAUAAGGGAUUUAUGAAAAAGCCACUGCCAGAUGGUCUGUCCGAUGUGUCAAAGUGUUAUAGUGGUCUUCCAAUCGCCGUAUCAGCUCCUCACUUUUAUGGACGAUCUGGCAUCUGGGAGGACAUGAUUGAAGGUUUUAACCCCAACGAGGAAGAUCAUGGAUCAUAUGCAAUAGUUGAACCGAUCAAUGGAGUUCCACUCGAUCAGAAAGCCCGUUCCCAAAGUAAUUUCGUUCUUCCCGUGAUAAGUGGAUUUAGUCAAGAAGUCAAUCGAUUUAGUGAGAUGAUAAUUCCAAUUAUUUGGUGUGAAUAUCAUCUUCCCGAAGUGACAAAUAAAAUAACGGCCUUAUUGAUUUUCACAUCGAAUAUCUUACCAAAAAUGCGUUACAUAGCACCUGUGAUAUUUUUAGUUAUAGGUUUAGUUUUAAUUUACCUUGUGAUAAAAAGGUUAAAUGAUGACAUUAGUUUAAGUGGUUUUUCUAGAGUUAAGUUAUUUUGGCGAAGGGAAAAAGAUCAAUACUUACAACGUAAAUCUAACCCAUAGAAUUUAAGUUAUAGAUAAAUAAAUUAGGUUAAAUUAAGAUUCGAAUGUGGUGCCAAAAAUGGGUUAAGUAUUUUGUAAUAUUUUGUAAAAUAAAAAUGAACAAAGAAAUA